AGUCGCGCCACACAUUCAGUGCUAUCAGCUUGCAUUGUACCACCAAAAUUGCUUCUAGUCCUCCGAAAUUGGCAGGUAAAACGCAUUAAACUGAUAGCCGCGAUAGCCGUGUCGUCACCAGCAGAUCCGGCCAAGAAACGAGUGCCAGAGGACUGUGGAGAAAGCAGCUGCCGUGGAAAACUCCGGUGAAAAUGACAAACCUGUGAAUUCCUCGAAACUGUUCCUGGUGGGGGUGUCUCUCCUGCUCUCUCCCUCUCUCUCUCUAUCCGCUCACCCCUCUCGCUCGCUCACCCGCUGGAAGGAGGGGGAUGGACGGUUGAUGUUACGACGAGCACCUCAGCGCAGUGUGAAUCACGUUUGGACGACCCCAAGGGAACGGCGACCGAGAGAAGCCAGCGAUGUACCAGAGUGCCUGCCAGGCGGCCACCACGGGCUCCUGUGUCCCGGGAACCGGUCAGCAGCCGGACAACGAGCGACAGUCGGCGCUGAUCGCCCAACAACCCCCCACCGCGCCCGUGGAGCCUGAUUACAGUGGCUUCGAUAUCGUCAAGGCCACCCAGUAUGGGGCCAUUGCCCGGGUUCGAGAGCUGGUCGAAUCCGGCUGGGAUGUCAAUCAGCCGGACAGCGAAACGGUCACCCUGCUUCAUUGGGCGGCCAUCAAUAAUCGAAGGGACAUCAUCCGGUACUUCCUCGAGAAGGGCGCCACCGUGGAUGCCGUGGGCGGCGAACUUAAUGCCACGCCCCUGCACUGGGCCACCCGACAGGGACAUCUCGGUGCCGUCGUUCUGCUAAUGGCCGCUGGUGCAGAUCCGAGAAUCAGGGAUGCGGAGGGCUGCUCCUGCAUACACAUCGCCGCCCAGUUCGCCCACACCGCUCUAGUGGCCUAUUUCAUAGCCAAGGGCGUGGACCCGGAUCUCCAGGAUCGAGGCGGAAUGACGGCGCUCAUGUGGGCAGCAUGGAAGGUUUGCGCACUGGACCCCGUACGCUUGCUGCUGACCCUUGGAGCGAACCCCGCCAUGGUUGAUUAUACGCAUGGAAACACGGCUCUGCAUUGGGCUAUCCUGGCCCGCAAUGCCACGGCCAUUUCCACACUCGUGCUCAAGUCAAAGGCCUCGCUGGAUGUACCCAAUCUGCGGGGUGAGACACCGCUCUCCAUGCUGGAAUCCCAGACGGGAGCCAUUUGGAUAGGAGCGAAGGUGAUGGACCGCGUAAAAGAGGCUGCACUUACCUCGCAGCAAAGGCGCUCGCUGCUCUCCAAGCUGCGGCAUGACAAACGCCUGAGGUGGUGGUCCAUGGUGGCCUGCCCCUUCACCGCCUUCUAUCUGGCUGGCAUCGUGUUCACCGUGAACACGCUGUACAUUAUUAAGUUUUUCCUGCUGGGCUGCUUGUAUGCCAUAUUCCAUACGAUCGGCAAGGCACUGUUCGAUGAGCACCUGAUGGCCCUGCUGCCGCUGAGUGUUUACUUGGCCACCAAGGCCUGGUUCUAUGUCACCUGGCUGAUGUACAUCGACGAUGCCGUCUCGUUUACGGCCACCGUUUGCUUCCUGAUCUCCUCGCUGCUAUUGUGGGUGUGCUUCCUGAAGUCCUGGAAGGGAGAUCCCGGUAUCAUUCGACCAACCAGAGAGCAGCGAUUUAAGACCAUCAUUGAGCUGUCGGAGCGGGGUGGAAUCGGCUUUGAGCCCGCCUCCUUCUGCUCUGGCUGCUUGGUGCGCCGGCCCAUCCGUUCCAAGCACUGCUCCGUGUGUGAUCGCUGUGUAGCGAGGUUUGAUCACCACUGCCCCUGGGUGGGCAACUGCAUCGGGCUGAAGAACCACAGUUACUUUAUGGGAUUCCUCUGGAUGCUGCUGAUCAUGUGCGCCUGGAUGCUGUACGGAGGCUCCAAAUACUACGUGAAUCAGUGCAAUGUGCGAUUUGAUGACUUUAUCGGUGCCAUGCGGGCCAUUGGCAACUGCGAUGCCUGGGUGGGCUGGGUAAUGGGUAAUGCCCUGCUGCACAUGUCCUGGGUCAUCCUGUUGACGAUCUGCCAGACAUAUCAGGUGAUUUGCUUGGGCAUGACCACCAAUGAGCGCAUGAACCGGGGACGGUAUCGCCACUUCCAGGCCAAGGGCGGCCACAGCCCGUUCACACGUGGUCCCAUCCAGAACCUCGUGGACUUCCUCGAGUGCAGCUGCUUCGGAUUGGUGCAGCCCAAGCGGGUGGACUGGAUGAACUACUACGACUACGAUGCGCAAACGCAUCAGACCAUCGAAAAGGAGCCGUUGCUGAGCGUGGAUUGCCCAGAUGGGAUGGCUGGCGAUCACCAGUAUGUGUAGGAUAAGACCUAUCGGGAUGCGAAGACGCUUCAGAUGCCCAUCGCGCAUGUUUAACAACCAACACCAAACGCUUUAGAACGUCCGCUACUGCUUUUUCUCUUUCCCAAAAAUCCAAUCCGUUUCAUUUUCGCAACCAUUUUAAUUGGUCCCCGCUGAUCUGCUGCAAAAAUAUAUAUAAACUGCGAUUCGCAAACAAGAAUUCAACACAACCAAGACAGAAGCGUCAUCGCUGACCGAUAUCGGAUGGACGAGUUGGGGUCCAGGCCCAUUGUGGCUACCCUUCACUAACGUACAUAUUAUGAAUGUAUUACUGUAAUUACUCUGUAUAUUUCUGCGUAUUUCUUACUCUUCGAUCAUAAGCCGAAAGUACACAAAACCUUUUUGUCCUUCAAAGUAUUUGUAUACCAAAAAACUAAAUGCAAACGUAAGCAAAUGAACACCGAACAAAUUUAACAAUGCAAACAUAAUCAAACCAGAGUUUGUUUAAUCGUGCAAUAUUCAAGAUUCUAAUUCACCUACUGAGAUAUUAACAAAUUGUAAAGCGCACACAACAAAAGGAAACACCAAAAGUAAACUGUCAAAGUUUUAAGAGAUUUGCACGGAGGUGUGGACUCUGGGCGAAGUUCGUCCUAGGCGGGCUGCUCAUUGGAGCCUUAUCUUAUGGAGAAGUGUAUAGUAAUACCGAAAAUUCAGGACUACGCAGCCUUCACAGCCGGCAGCUCUCUAGGAUCGACGACUUCGCUUCGGGAACGGCACGCAAAGACUUUUCAAAUAUCACUAAUUAAAGUGGCAAAAGCAGCGAAGACAACAAAUUAAUCGAUUGAUCCCAAGCACUAGCAUACUUAAAUCAAUAAUGAAUUAAUUCUAAAUGCGAUCCAAUUCUAAUUAUGCACUAGUCUAGUCAGAAAAUUAUUUAAGUAAAAUGUUAAAGUGCAACUACAGCCACAAAAUCGAUAAAUAAAUUGCAUAUUUAUAUAAACCCACAUAGCUAUGAAAUGAUCUAAUUAUAAUGUAAAAGGAAUUUCAGCAACCUGAGAACAAACCGCAUAGCAAUGAAUAAAAUAUGUUGUAAUUGUAACACGUUACUUAAAUGCAUUUAAAUAUUAAUUCAAACGAAGUCUACAAAACCAUUUUAAUACAAACAAUCGCUAAGCAAACCUUUUCAACUAUGUACUGUACGAAAUAUUGAUAAAACAAAAAACACCACUUUUUCGACGUAUUUUGUAUUUGAGAUUAUACAAACGGAAGUGCGGAGAAGAAGGAUUUGCUAUGAAGUUAUAUGUUUCAAAUCCAUUUUGUAUAUUCCUUUCGCUCACACUGCUAGAAGAUGAAAGCUUUCAAAAGACUAUAUAAACCGAACAAGAUCUAACAUCAAGCAACCCCCUACGAAGCAUUGCGCAUAUUAACUUAUGAACUAAGUGUUUUUGGCCUAUUUAAUAAAGCAAAACAAGCAAAUCA